AUGUUCGACCUCGGCGGUGACAAUUGGGCCUUCAACAUCGUCAUUCACCACAUCAUCAUCGACGAGGCCUCGCUCGGUACCUUCUUCUACGAGCUGUUCAGCCUGUACAUCAAAGGCGCCGGCACUCUCCCAGAAGUUCAGUACCACUACUCUGACUUCUGUGAGUGGCUCGGCGAGACUGCCGAGAAACGCGAGGAGCUCCGUGAUGAGCAUCUCCAGUACUGGGCCGAGUACCUCCAGGAGACCCAGCCCCUCCAUCUUACCCUCGCCACUCCUUCCGAACGCGAGCUCGCCCCUGUCACUCAGAUCGAUGCCAAGAUCAGCGAGAGCGCUCUCGAGUCGUUCGUCAAAGUCAUUCAGGGUGCUAACGCAACUCAGUUCGCCGGCUUCUUCGCGGCGUACAACAUUUUGCUCCACAAGUACUCCGACCAGAACUCCUUCGUCGUUGGUACUGCCGUCACCCAGCGCAAUGUUCCCGCUCUCUCGAACGUCAUCGGUUUCUUCGCGAACAUGCUCCCGGUCAAGACCGAGAUCAAUGACCAGGACUCGUUCGAGCAGUACCUCGGGCAAUUCAAGGACAACGUCCUCGCAUGCCUCCAGCACGACGACGUCACGUACGAGGACAUUGUCACUCAAGCCAAGACAUCUUCGCACGGCCGCUCGUUCUUCAAGCACCUGUUUGCGCCUGGCGGUGUCAACAUGGAGACGAUCAGCCAGCUCGAGGCCGCCAACUUGGACACCAAGGCCAUCAUCACGCUGCCGAACGGCGAGGAGCAGUACGAAUUCCUCAUGACCGUUCACUACAAGAGUGGCCACUGUCUCCUCCGGUUCGACAACCACAUGUUCACUGAGGAGGCUGCUCGCCAGUUCCUCGACGCGUACAUUGCCCUCAUCGAGAAGUUGGGUCGCGAGCCGGAUCGCAAGAUCGCGGAGAUUUCUGCUGUGAGCGACGCCGAGCACGACCGCAUCCUCAAGGAGCUCUCAUCCAACGCCGACUUCGCCGUCAGCGAGACCUGCCUCCACCACCUCUUCGAGACGCAGGUCAAGAAGACUCCUCGCUUCACCGCCGUCGAAUUUGAGGACCAGUCUCUCACCUACCUCGAGCUCAACAAGCGCGCCAACCAGAUCGCCAAGUCGCUCAUUCAACAGGACAUCAAGCAGGGCGACAUCAUCGCUGUUUGCUUCGAUCGCGGCGUCCAUCAGAUCGCCGGUAUUCUCGCUGUUCUCAAGGCCGGAUGCACUUACGUGCCCCUGGAUCCCGAUGACCCGACACUCCGUAAGGAGCUCAUGGUUGAGGAGUGUGGUGCCAAGGUCCUCAUCUCGACGACCAACCACUCUCGCGAUUUCCAGAAGAGCCUGGCCUCCAAGGUCUUGGUAAGUGAUCACUACUGCUUGUUGAUGAUACCACGUCUCAGCCGCUUCGAUGCCGCCGACUUCGCUGUCGAGGGCCUCACCCCGUCAAGCCUUGCCUACGUCAUGUUCACGUCUGGCUCGACUGGCAAGCCCAAGGGUGUCAUGAUUGAGCAUCGCGCGAUCUCGAACUUAAUCCAGAACUCCCAGGUGUACGGUUAUCAGCAGGGUGCCCGCGUCCUCUCGUCGCUCGCGUACACCUUCGACCCCUUCGUUGCUGACGUCUUUGGUACUCUCACCAACGGCGCCACCCUCGUCACUGGCCGAAAGGAGCUUGUCCUCGGUGACAUUCCCAAGGCUCUGCGCUCGCUUCGCAUCAGCGUCCUCCACGUCACGCCCAGUAUCCUUGCUGUCGUUCCCCCCGACGACUACCCCUGUCUUGACACUGUGGUCGUCGCCGGUGAGGCUCUCGGCAAGAAGGUCAUCGAGGACUGGGCACCUCGUGUCAACUUCCGCAACAUGUACGGUCCUACUGAGGCUUCCGUCGACUGUAUCUCCGUCCAUGUCACCUCGGCCGCUCUCACUGGGGUCAUUGGUCGUCCGAUGGCCAACUGCCGCAUCUACAUUCUCGACAAACAACUCCGUCCGACGCCCAUCGGUGUUGAGGGCGAACUGCACAUCGGUGGCAUCCAGCUCGCUCGCGGCUACCUCAACCAGCCCGAGCUCACUGAGCAGGCUUUCAUCCCCAACCCCUUCGUCCCUGGCGAGCGUCUGUACAAGACUGGUGAUAUCGCGCUCUACCGUACUGAUGGAAACAUCGAGUACUGUGGUCGUGCCGAUCGCCAGAUCAAGCUCCGUGGCCAGCGUAUCGAGUUGGGUGAAGUUGAGGACGUCAUUGCCAAGUACCCCGCCGUCCAGCGUGCUGCCGCUGUCAUCCGCACCCUUCAGGACGCGCUUGCCAUCGUCGCCUUCGUCGAGUACAAGAACGAAGUCGAGAAUAUUGAAGACGAGAAGGAAGGCCUCAAGAUGUUCGUCUCCGAGCGCCUGCCUCGCUUCAUGUACCCCUCGCUCAUCGCUGCCCUGCCCGAGCUGCCCACGUCCCGUAGCGGCAAGAUCGACCGCAAUACCCUCAAGUCGAUGGACCUCGCUGCGUUCGCUCCCGAUCUCACCAAUGACAUGGGACAGCCUUCGUCCGACGUUGAGGUCGAGCUCAUGUCGAUCUUCUCGAAGGUGCUCAAGGUGGACCCCAACUCGUUCGGCGUCUCGCACGAUCUCUUCCAAGUCGGCAUGAACUCUUUGAUGGCAGUACAGGCUGCCGGCGUCGUCUCGAAGACGUUCAACGUGCACAUCGGUCUCAACAACAUCUACUUGAGGUAA